UUGGCGUUGAAGCGUAUCCAUCUGGUCGAGCGCAGUCAUUCACAGGUGGACACUCGGUCCCUGCUUAUCCGAUGGAUGAGCUCAGUCUUUUCCCGACCUUCAACUUAAUACCUAGCAGACGCUUGCGCAGGG